AUGGUUUUCAAGGGAAAAAAGACAUUUCGUAGCGCACAGAAAUUUAAAUCUGGAAAUAAAGCACUUCCUGGGAGUUUAGAGCGUCUUCAGUAUCUGCAAGAGCUGUUGACUGAAUACCAAGAAACUUCGAUCAGUGAAUACAAGGAACAGAUUUUAGCCAAUCUAGCAAACUUUUGUUACGAUUCAAGAAACGGACCGCAUCUCCGGCAAUUGCGUCUAGUAGACCUCUUUCUGGAUUGUAUCAAAGAACCAUCAACGGUGUGGUUUAAAGCUGCCUCUCAGCCCAAUUCAAAUUUAAAGAUUGAUGAACAUACAACUCGUUUAAGUGAAUUUGCCCUUGGUGGUCUGUGUAAUCUUGCCGCUUCAUCGUCAAUCCUACGUCAAGAUAUUUUAAAUCAUACAUAUCUGCCGUGUAUUGUUGCUUGUACAACUUCUCCAGAUAAUUUAAUUGUUGUGUAUUCUUUAACUAUCCUGAUACACUUAUUUACUCGUUGUCCAAAUUCUGCCGAAGAAUCAAUAUCAUUGGGUUCUAGAUUCCCCGCUGCAGUUCAAAUAGCACGUCAUUAUUGUGACGGUUUUUUACAAAUCCCACUAUUAUCAAUUAUUCGUCGUCGUACACCUAAUUUAUACUCUUGUAAAACUCUUUCAUUACAAUUUCAUCGUUGUUUGUCUACAACUAAUUUACAUCAAUGUUCAGAUAAUUAUUUUGUUGGAAAGGCGAGAACUUCAUGCUCUGAGAUUAAAACGACAUUUAAUGAAAAGGACAGAUCAAAAUCAUAUUCAACAGGACUAUCCCAUCAGUUGUAUCCUUCUGCAGAAAAUCAAGUCAGAAACGUUCACAAUGAUCAUUGUUCAUUCCCACCGGAUGAUAUAUCUGACAAAUGGGUUUCUAAUCCAUUGGAGUCUUCUUCCCCUGCUUCUUCAACAUCGAUACCUUCAACAUCUUGUCCAACUACAGUAGACUUAGUUAUCACCCAACCAUCUCCAGUUCUUCUACUUCUCAAGCAUUAUUCAUCUAUUGCUGCAGGUCUCUCAAAGGCACGUCUUUCUGGUUUAGUUGUAUCCACGGCGCUAGUUGGUUGUGGUCUGGCCGCUUCUACAAGUUUAGUAUCCCCUGAAUUUCUUGAACAUUGUUAUCGUACCACAUGCUGUUUAGCUGUUGGAACUAUGUUGACUAGUUCCGCGGCAAAUUCAGUUAAUCAGAUUAUUGAAAUCCCCUAUGAUAGUCAAAUGACGCGCACAAAGAAUCGUGUGCUCGUUCGUGGCUUGACAACACCUGGUAGAGCAGCCCUUUUCGCUUUAGCCUGUUCCAGUUCUGGAUUAGGUUUACUAUAUUUCGGUGUUAACCCCCUGGUGGCUGAAUUAGCUGCUAUCAAUAUGCUCUUGUACACGUGUAUAUAUACACCAAUGAAACAAGUGAGUCAUCUGAAUACAUGGAUUGGAGCUUGGGUUGGUGCUAUUCCCCCGUUGAUGGGUUGGGCUGCUGCCACUGGACAAUUACAAUGCGGUUCUAUAAUGCUAGCCAGUUUACUCUAUGUAUGGCAAUUCCCACAUUUCAUGGCACUCAGUUGGAAUAUGCGUGGGGAAUACUCAAAAGCUGGUUAUACAAUGACAUCAAUAGUUGAUCCGGAAAUGUGUAAACGUGUCGCAUUGCGACAUGCCAUCGCUUCAAGUUUAGUCUGUCUAGCCGGUGCUGGAUGUAGUGCUAUCAGUUUAGGCCCAUGGGCUGGUUGUGCUCUGGGUAUAGGCUCAUUACCAGCCAAUAUUGGCUUAAUUUAUUAUGCCUGGAAAUUCGCCUAUACAGAUUCAUCCAGUGAUGCAAAGUGUUCUGCAUCAUCGGCUGCAGCAAGACGUCUAUUUCGAGCUACACUGUUCCACUUACCUGUAGUUAUGCUCACCGUGUUGGUUGGAGCGUAUUGUUCUAUUAAUUCUGGACAUUUGUAAUGUCAGUGUAAUUAGAAGAUACUUUUUUGUGUGUGAGAUGAUGAUAGCACAUUAUAACUCCCAUGUAUGUAUGUAUGUGUAGUUCAGUCCGUAGGAUAAUAUCCACACACCCCCUCCCACCACCUUUGCAUCCCCUCCGUCUUAGUCAACUGUAUUUUCUACUCGCAUGUUUAUUAUGAGUAAUAGUCUGUUUUCUUUUUCUUAGAGUCGAUGGAUUUAGAAAUACAAUACUUUUGCAAUAUAUAUACUGAA